AUGCGCAAGUGCGUCGUGCGCGACUGCGGGCGGCACUUCCACGCGCACUGUCGACGGCCGCAGCCGACGCCGGACGAGCUGCAGCCGGAGCAAAAGCGCGCGUUCGUCUGUCCGCGUCACACGUGCGAGACGUGCGGCAGCCUGGAGACGGACAUGAAACAGUGCCGGAGCUGCUCUGUCUGCUCGCACAUGACGCACCUGUGCUGUCCUCGAGCAGGUGCUCGCAGCAGCAGCAGCAGCAGUAGCAAUAGCAGCAGCAGUUUGUCGUUGACGGGCAGCAGCAGCAGUACAGCGGAACCCGCGUCGUCUUCGUCGUCGCUGCAUCUCUUCGAGUGUCCCCGACACGACAGGAACGAGACCCCGUCCACGUUCGCAGCGCUCUCGAGUCCAGACGCCAGCAACUCGCUCCGGAUGCGCCUCGCAGCAGGCGACGCAGUGCUCGUGCUCGAGUUUGACAACGCGCUGCUACCGUCGAGCGUCAAGACUGCGGCCCCGGACGUGGCGAACCACUGGGGCGUCGUGAUCUCGGCGGAAGAGACCGAACCCCGUGGAUGCGGGAACCAGCUCCUGAACGUGCGCAUGUUUGCCGACGACAACGUGCUCGUGGUGCCGAACCAGUACGCCCUGCGCACGGCCACGGCCUCGGACUUUGCCCGCCCGGUGGACUUUGUUCGUCACUGUUUGCAACGGCACGUGAUGGUGGAGCUCCAGCUGCGGUGCCUGGAGAAUCACGUGGACGACAGUGAAGCGAAGCGCAUCGUGCAAGCCAGUAACGCAGCGUUUGCUGCGUGCCUGAACGCGCUGGGAGUGACGGCAGCGCAGGCUACUAGCGAUGCCGAGCAAGGACUUGUGCGCUGGCGUCAAUUCCUGACUCUAGCAGAGCCGCGUCGGUAUGACGGCCUCGGGGAUGUAGCGCCCUCUUACUUGUACAUUGACACGCGUAAGAGCCGCCCGGGACAGCAAGCUUCCAUGAGUGUAAAUGGCACUGGUGUUGCGGCAGACGUGGACCGGAACCUGUCGAUGAAUGGCAAUGCCGACGCGCAGAGCAGUGGACCUGCUGCGAACGGCUCGAGUUGUGGAACGCUGCAUCCGAGACGACCAAGAAGUGUCGGAAGAAGUCCACAUGAAGCAGAAGCGGAGCAAGCUACCGAUGCGAUGCCGUCCGACGCACAUCCAGUCCCAUCUCCGCCUGGUGGUUCUACGGUGAUACAAGACCACACGAGUACAGUAGACGCGACCUCAGCAACGAAGCAAGAUGCUCAGCCGACGAACGGAAGUCAGUCUGGGGCACACGCUUGUCUCGGCGUGACUCGGUCGCAAAGUGUCUCGGCGCACAUGAACAGUGGUAACGGCAGUAUCGCUGGCUCUGCCGCGAAUAACAAUGCACAGACGACGGAUGAUGCACAGCGUCUCGCCAGUGCGAAGCGCCGGAAGCUCGAGACCAAGACGCCAAUGUGGACCAGCACAGCAGAUUGUGCGCCUAUCGACAUCCACCGCAUUCGUUCGGGAGGAAGUCGAACCACUGCCUCGACAUCAGACACCUCGCGCAUUUCGCCGGUGGCGUCAACCGUACGCACGCUGCAUCGUCAGAAGCGAAGGCUGCUGACCCGAAGGCAAAAGCUGUUGGCGGAGACACCACCGCCAGUACUGGCAGAGCUGAAGCGCGUGGCGUUGCGCUACCUCGAGGAAGCUGAUCGAUCCAGACCGGUGGUGGCACGAAUUCCAAGUGACGUAGAUGCAUUUCCCUGGGCCGCUCGUGCCUCGAGCUUUCGUCCCGCAUUUUACCGACCGUCUGUGAUGCUGGGCCACAGUGGGCUGCGUCGAUCCAGAUUCAACGCCGUUAGUCGUUUGCUAGUAAGCCAAAACAAGCGCGACAUCAAGUGCUUUGUGCAGACGCUUGAGACCGACGCGCAAAUGUCCGGGAGCUCUGACUCGAGGAGGAAACCGUCGUCUGCGCCGCCCGGAUUCGUGCUGCUGGACUUGCUGAGCAUGCGGAGCUUUCGUGAGUUGGAGUCAGUGGUGCGCGCCCGACUGGUGGAAACGCUGAUGCCGCACUCGCAUUGUACCGACGAGUAUCUCGGCAUGAACGUGUACCAAUCCCAGCGUUGGGUGGAGCAGCAGCAGCGCCAUAGAACACCGCGCGAUGACUUGCCCAUUUCCCUGACUUAUUGUACCAUAGACGGUGUCCGACAUCGCCUCGAUUUGCGGAAGAGUCCGUCGAGGCCAUCCGCAAAGGAUGCGCGGACGUGGCUUAGCUUUUGCGCGAACGUUUGCCACCUCGCUGCGGUGAUCACGAUACCGUGCGCUGAUCGUUCAGUUCCGGCGUCAACGACGAUCUCUCUUCAGCACAGUGCAGUUGCCAAGUAA